UCCCCUAGCCCCUUGCUGUUCAUUCAAAUUGUAAGAAUGACCCUAAGACCAUUUGGUGGGUAAAAUGACAAAGGGAAUACACUUCUGUUUUUCAGAAUUAAGUCAUUAAAGAUGGGCUGUAGCUUUACCAGGGAGGAGAGUCGCUGAUACUAACUGCUGUCCUGGAGGGACUUCAUUAGGGAAUGGAAUGUAAACAGUAUAUAUAAGUAUUAAAAUCUCCCUGGCCCACUUUGUGGGUUAUGGUAACUGCCUCAAAGGGCAUUCUGUGGAACCCUCACCUCACAUAGAACUGAGCUGGGAAGGGGCUCGGUGAUUCUUACCUAUUGGAACUGGAUGACACACUUGCAGGCCAAGGAGACCUGAGCUUUUGUGAAGUUCUAGCCAGCAAGUUGCACCAAGGUUUUAGGUGGCAGAGCUUGGCAUUGUGCCUUCAUCACAUGUCUGGAUGAGAUGUGUCCUACUGGUAAAUGUGUCCUACUGGGCCCCAGGGCACUCAUAUGUGGGUUAACUUAUUUUAUGAGUUGGUGUUGAGAUUUCUGGUGUGCUGAAAUAAUGCCUGCAUCAGUAGCUUGCCAGAACCCAAUAUUGAAAUAAACGUUUCUUUGACUACUUCUUCAUCUUUGAAAUUAAUGGAUGUAAAGGCAAGUUUUGAAUAGUGGUUAAAAUAUAUCUCUAGAAAACUUAAGGGAUAGUAAAAAAAUAUUUAAUGAUAUUCUUGCUGCAUCAGUUGUGCUGAAAUAAAGAAAGGGAAUCUUCGGGCUGCAACUUACAUUCUCACUGUCUUUUAUUGUAAUUAUUUUUUUUUUUUUUUAACUUCACCUGUCACUUAAGGACAGUUUCUUUCUCUUUCUGGAAUUAAAAUAGAGUUGUUUAUAGUUAAAAGCAUUGAGGUUCUCUCCCCCCACCUGUCUGAUUUUAGCAGCUGAAGGGAUUAAUACAGCUGCUAGAAAAGAAAAAGGAGGGGGCCUCUGAGCUAGUGAACAAGCUGUAUGAAAUCCUUGAAGUACAAGGAAUUUAAUGGAGGUAGAAAAUAAAGGACUGGUCUCAAACAAUCCUGUAAUUCAAUGCUAACCAAAACCUUAUUCAACAAUUUGAUUUUACAAAUGUAGAGACUGAAAUUUAGAUGAAUUUCGAAUAAUCUGUUUCAAGCCUCAAAACUAAUGCCAUUUGCUUCUGAAGCAAUCCUUAAUGCUGGUAAGCUUAUUUCUGAAUGGUUUGAGCUUGUACAGUUGGUUUAAUAAUAAGAGAGUGCCAGUGAUAAAACACUCUGAAUUUUUUUCUGUAACUAUAAUUAAGUGAUUACUAUAAUGAAAAAACUAGCCCAAAGAAUUGGUUAUAGUGUCUAAAGCAGGUAACUUGGGCCUUACCCCAUCUUGAAAUCCAGUCAGAGGAAAACAUUCUAAGAUUCAAAUUCUGAGUAAUGUGUUAGGAAGCAUUUACACUGUAAUCAUAAGACUUUGAAUUACCAACUCUCCAGGAAAAACUGGUUGAGCCACCUGUCUUUUCUGUAGUUGGAUACUGGUUGAAUAAAUUGUGAGUUUGGAUGCUGUGGGUUGUUUUGUUUUCAUUUUUUAAUUUCCUUCUAGGUAUUGAGCAUUUGUUGGUCUAAUCCUAUGCUCCAAAUAGUAAGCAUGGUAGUUUUUCAUCAUUCAGAAAAUCUUUUGCUGAGCUUUACUCUAGUAAAGCUAGAACAUUGGUCUAUUUUGGCAGAAUGACAUACUUAUCCAAAUUAAGGGGUAGAAAACCAGUGUAUUCCCCACUCCAGUUCCCUUCUUCCAAAAUAGAACCACAGUCUGGUUUAACAAGUUGGUCUACAGUUUCAUAAUACAAUCCCUACCCUUGUGACUAAGCUCUCUCCCUGGCAGUCUGGUUCAUCUUAGAUUGAUGUCUGAAGGGCUAACAUUACCUAGGAAGGUCUGUAGAAACUAUGAAGUACAACCCAUUUGUGGUUGGUUUUUUGUUUGUUUUGGGUGAGUGGGUAAACGGAGGCAUAGAGAGGCAGAGUGACUUAGUUCUUAAUACUUCAUACUAAGAGUCAGAUUUUUUUCUUACCUUAGUGGAAGCCUGAGCAUAUAAAGACUUGUUUUUUUUCUCAUUUAGCUCCGACUCCUGGUCGUUAUCACCACUCACUGCCUUCCUUGUUCUGAUUCUCAGUGUCUGUUUCACUGAAACAGGCUGAUCCUUGGGGGACAGAGUAGAACAGCUAUUCUUCUAGUGGUAUUCUAUGGCCUAUAAGAAAAACUUAGGGUUUGUUUGAGGAAGGAAGGGAGGAGGGCACAUCUGGGAAAGGAUGGAAAGCAUGCUAUUCCCCACCCCACUCUUAGGCCUGUGCUCCCCAUUUAGAGACUAAUAGGCUGCUUAGACUGUUCUUUUCACCUUAAAAUUGUUUUUUGUAGGUUUUGUUGGUUUGGUUUGGUUUGGUUUGGUUUGGUUUUGGUAGGACAUGGGAGAUGGGGAGAGGGAUGUGUUCUUACUGGACCACUGAAAUAUGUUUGGGGAAGGUUGCUGUUGCCUGUCACCUUUGUCUAAUCCUGUGUGGUGACUUUCAUUCUCAGAUUUAAAAAUUCUGUGUUUCCUGUGAGGCAUGUUGUACCAAGUUGGGCUGCAUAACUCACCUUUGUUUUUUUCCUUCCCUCUCCUUCUUUAUUCCCCUUUUUUGCUUUUCUCCUCCAGCUAUGCUUCCUGUGUCUUCAGCCUUGAAUGUCACUGCUGCCUUAGGGCAGCCUGAAUCUACCCUUCCCCCUUCUUGUUCCCUGGCUCCCCAACAAUGCCCUCUGGCAACCCCUAACCAGCCUUCCCCAUUUCUUUCUCCCUCUAGUGUUGCUUCAACCCCUUUUGAAGCUCCUUUUCCCCAGUCAUCCUCUGGGACAGCCCUGCCUUUGGGAGUUGUCCCUUCCCCCACUCACACCCCAGCUUUCCUGCCAAACCUACUAGGGCCUCCCAUCUCCCCAGCUGCCUUAGCUCUGGCCUCUCCCAUGAUAACUCCAACUCUGAAAGGCGCCCAUUCUUCUUCAGCUCCCUUGGCUCUGGUGGCCUUGGCUCCCCACUCAGUUCAGAAGAACUCUGCUCAUCCACUUAACCCUCUUAGUUCACCUCCUUCGAUUGCUGUGACUAAGUCAGGGUCAGUGACCUCCCUGUCAUCUCCCAUUGCUUCCUCAGAACCAAAGACCUCUCCUAUUCAAGACCCCUUACAAGUAGACCCUCGAAAAAUUACCCCCGUCCCUCCAAGUAUAGUCAGUGCUGUUCCUGCCCAUGUUGGAACUCCCUUGGCCUCUGUUCAGUCUGGAGUAGCCUCAUGUCCUCCGAUGCCACCCACCACUCCCCUAGCCAUCACUCCCCCUCAGUUCAGAGACAUCCCUGUUUCCUCAGCUCUGACUUCUCAACAAAACAAGGAAAGCCUCAGCCUAAAGGGACCCCAUAGUUCACCUGCUGCCUUAUCUGUUUCAACCCAGUCUAUUUCUGUGUCUCCCAACAUCUCUCCAGUUUUUCUCCCUUCUCUAGUCUCUCACCCUGUACCUUUACAUCAGAGUUCUCUUGGUUCUCCUAUUCAGCCCUUAGGUCAAACAGGCCAUAAUGUUCUGUCACAUGCUAUACGGGAUGCCACUUCUGCAGAUCGUUCUUCCACAGGGACCUCUUACCCUUCUCAGAGAUCUGUAAUUCCUCCCCCUCCUUCCAAAAAUGAGGUGACUUCUGCUGCUGUGGCUGCUUUUCCAGCAGGGACUCGAGAUUCCCCUUUGACUCUUUCUGGUGACAAAGAUCCCUCUGCUGUCACUGGCAUAGCCUCCUACAACCCCUCUGGUUCAUUAAAUGUAGCUACCUCUUCUCCAUUAUCUCCUACAGCCUCUCUCAUUCUCAAAGGUUCUCCUGAUGCCACUCAUCAUCAGCCUUUGGUGGCCCAAAUUCCUGCUUCUCCAGAGAGUCCAAGCUUGAAAGAAGCUCCUGUUUGUUCUGUUGGAACCACCCCAUUUGUUAUGGCUAACCCCUCUACAGUUUCUGCAGCACCUACUACCUUUGAGAUAGCUACUUGUGUCUCUCCUCCAGUUUCAUCAGGUCCCAUAAGUAGUAAGGACUCCACUUCCCAUACUGCCCUUGUUAUGACUCCUGUGGCUCCCAAAGAGCUUUCUGGUCCUCAAGUAACAGCCCCUCUGGGAAUACCAGUCUCUCCUCCUCUGCCAGCCCCUGAGAACCCCAAAAGUCUCCCUGCAUCAGUAUUGGUAAAGUUACCAACACAGAAAGAUCUCCAGACGUCACCUGCCUCUGUUGCUGGAGCCCCUGUUUCACCAGUCCAGGCAGGAUUCCCUAUCAAGAAAGACCCUACUCUAAUACCAUUGGCCCUGGCAGCCCCUAAAAAUCCCCCCUCUUCCCAAAGUACAUCAUCAUUGGAGAUCCCUCUUUCCCCUGAAACCACCUUAACAAAGAAAAGCCUUGUAGAGCCUCUCCCUCUAGUUAUGCCAGUCAAUACUACUCCCUCUCUGGGUGUUAACUCUCCAACCUCUGUAAUCAAGACAGAUCCUGAUGCAAGCCCAGACCCCACGAGUCUGCUUCCCAGAAGUUCUCUCCCUACCCCAACCAUGGCUACAUUUUCUGCUGCCACUGCUGGGGUGGCUCCUACCACUAUAGCCAGCCCUUUACUAGGAGCUGUCUCUUUGGCUCAUAAAAGCCACCCAGAUAAGGAGGUUAGUUCCACUCUUACUAUUUUACCUUUGGUUCCACCAGCCUCCGAAAGUUGCCCUGUGGCUCCAACUGUGACUUUACCCCCCCAGAAUGUUUCUGCUUUUCCAGCUGCCAUGGCACUGGCCCCCGAAAUUCCCAAGUCUGAGCCCUUUCCCUCUCUUCCUCCUCAAGGUGCAAAGAAAGUUCAUGGUAUUUCUCAUACCUCGGCAUUGGAACCUGUGGCUUCCUCUCCUGAAGGGCACCCAACCAAGGACUCUGAUUCUUCUGUUAAUACAUCUUCUCAAGGAACUUCCCUAGCUGACUCCACAUCUCGUUUAGGGACUAGUGUGUCUCCCCAAACUAAAAGACGUCCAACCAAGAAGGGUUCAACUACUUCUACCUUAACUCUUUCUAAAAGUAUACCUGCUAUCCCUGAUACUCCUCCUGGAAAUCACUCAUCCCCUAUUUCUCCAGUUGAAGCUUCCUUUCUUCCAGAGGCCAAUCUUUCUUUUCAAGUCCCUAAAGGGUCACUGGCCAAGAAGCAUUCCCCUACUCCAUCCCCCAAAGAGGCCCCAGAUACCCCAUCUCCCAAAGAGGCCUCCACUCCCCCAGCUGUGGCUCCUCCCUCCCCCAAAAAGUCCCAAGCAGCUCCAUCACCCAAGAGAGCCCCAGCUACUCCAUCUCCCAAAGGAACCUCCACUGCCCCAGCUGUGGCUCCCCCCGCCCCCAAAGGGGGCCCAACAACUCUAUCCCCUAAAGAGACAUCCACUCCAGCAGUGAAUCCUUCCUGCCCCAAAGGGGCUCCCACCCCCCAGGCCAUAGCUCCUCCCUCCCCCAAAGGGGGCCCAGCAACCCCAUCCCCUAAAGAGCCUUCCACUCCUCCAUCUAUGACUCCUUCCUCCCCCAAAGAGUCCCCAGCUACCCAACUUCCCAGAGGGGCCCCUACCCCAGAAGCUGUGGCUCCUGCCUCUCCCAAAGAGUCCCAAGCAACUCCAGCCCCCAAAAAGUCCCAAGCAACUCCAGCCCCCAAAAGAACCCCAGCUACUCCAUCUCCCAAAGGGGCCUCCACCGCCCCAGCUGUGGCUCCCGCCUCCCCCAAAGGGGGCCCAGCAAUUCCAUCCCCUAAAGAAACCUCCACUCCCCCAGCUAUGACUCCUUCCUCCCCCAGAGAAUCCCCAGCUACCCAACCUCCCAACGGAGCUCCCACUACCCCGGCUGUGGCUCCUGCCUCUCCCAAAGAGUCCCAAGCAACUCCAGCCCCCAAAGGGGGCCCAGCAACCCCAUCCUCUAAAGAGACCUCCACUCCACCAGCUAGGACUCCUCCCUCCCCCAAAGGGGGCCCAGCAACCCCAUCCUCUAAAGAGACCUCCACUCCACCAGCUAGAACUCCUUCCUCCCCCAAAGCUGCCCAACCUCCCAGAGAGGCCCCCACCCCUCAAGCUGUGGCUCCUGCCUCUUCCAAAGAGUCCCAAGCAACUCCAGCCCCCAAAAGAGCCCCAGCUUCCCCACUUCCUAAAGGGACCCCCUUUGUCCCAGCUGUGGCUCCUCCCUCCCCCAAAAAGUCCCAAGCAACUCCAGCCCCCAAAAAAGCCCCAGCAACUUCAUCUCCCAAAGGGUCCCCUAAUGCCCCAGCUGUAGCUCUUCCCUCCCCCAAAGAGUCCUCAGCUACCCAACCUCCCAAAGGAGCCCCCACUCCCCCAACUGUGGCUCCUCCCUCCCCGAAAGGAGGACCAGCAAUUGUAUCCCCUAAAGAGACCCCCACUUCCCCAAUAAUGACUCCUCCCUCCCCCAAAGGGGCCUCAGCUGCCUCAUCUCUCAAAGGGACCCUUACUCCCUCAGCUGUGACUCCUUCCUCCCACAAAGAGUCUCCAGAAACCCCAGCCCCCAAGGGGGCCCCAACAACCCCACCUCCCAAGCGGGCCUCCACUCCCCCAGCUCUGACUCCCUCCUCCCCCAAAGAGUCUCUAGCUACCCCAUCCUCCAGAGGGACCUCAGCAACUCCAUCUCCCAAAAGAGCCCCAGGGACUCCAUCCUCCAAAGGAACCUCAGCAGCUUCAUCCCCCAAAAGAGCACCAGCUACCCCAUCCUCCACAGGUGCCCCCACUCCCUCAUCUGAGACUUCUCCCUCACCCAAAGAGGCCCCUAUAUCUCCAGUUUCAGUUACUUGUCCCUUGGGGUCCACUGCCCCUCAGGCACCUAAAGGCCUACCAAUAAUGAAAGGUCCCACAGCUCUCAAACCAGUACUUGUUGCCCCAGCUCCAGAAAGUGCACCAGUUGUCAUAGUUCCCUCUGAGAAAGAUCCACUGGCCAAGAAGAGUUCUGCUACUCCACCUCCUGUGUGCCCCGAUCCCUCAGCCAAGAAUGGUACUAAAGGACCCCUUUCUACAAUGGCUCCAGCCCCUCUACUGACAGUCUCUGCUCAGAAAGCCUCUUCUCCAAAGACUCCCAAAACCCUUCCUGUUUCUCCGUUAAAAGGCAAAGAUUCUUUUCAUUCCCCAAAGAGCCCCUUGGCUCUUGCUCCUGAGUCUGUGACAUCUACCCCUCUAGCAACAGCUUCCUCUGAGAAGGUCCUUCCUAAUGCUGGAUCAGCAUCUGUCUCUCCAGCACCCACCCCACCAGUCUCUCUGCCUCUCCCUCCCUCCCCAGUUCCCCCUCUGCUUCCUAAACAGCAAUUUCUGCCGUCCUCACCUGGGCUGGUGCUGGAAUCACCCUGUAAGCCCUCAGCCCCUGCUGAUGAGGAUGAGCUGCCGCCUCUGAUUCCCCCGGAACCAAUCUCGGGGGGAGUGCCUUUCCAGUCGGUCCUCGUCAACAUGCCCACCCCUAAACCUGCUGGGAUCCCUGCCCCAACCCCCUCUGCCAAGCAGCCUGUUCUGAAGAACAACAAGGGUAUUUGCCUUGGUUUGCUGUGUGCAUGGUGUGUCGCCCACACCCCUCCUGGGGCUACCCACCGAUACUAACCCUAGGAUGCGCCGCUUUCUCCAGUAUAUCUGCUUGUGUUUGGACAUAGAACAUAGAAUUAUACCAUUUUAAAUGUAAAAGCUCUAGGUAUAUGAAACAAUCUUGGUUUUCAUCACCUCAGAUAGUGUGUUUUGUAUUAUCUUGUGUAAUGUGGUCCAGGCUAACCCUGGAUCUGCCAUUGUUCUUACCUGAAUGAUCUGACAUUGAAAACCAAGACCUAUUAGACUCUUUAAUUUGCUCUAAUCUCUGCCACAUGACUAACUUUGUCCCUGGGCCUGGAAUUUGCUAAAAUGCUAGGAAAUAUGGAACUAUUUGAGUUUCUUUUCACUUCUUAGAUUUAGUAAUGACCAGUGCCCAAGGGACUCCCUUUCCAAGACCUUUUCCUAGCCUGAGAAUGGUGCAGGUGUAUGCUUUUUUUCCUCUCAGUAGUCUUUAUUGAUGCUUGGCCUUUUGAUUGAGGUAAACUUAAAAUGUGUGAAUUAUAUUUGGAAGAUGGGAGAGAGAGGUCACAGGACAGAAUCUAACAGAGGUGAGUGUUAGAACUACAGGUGGUUAAUCAUUGAGAAUCUUCAAGCUAAGUUCAUUAGACCAAAUUGCUAGAGUAAGUGGUUUGAAAAUAAGGCUAAAUGUGUGUACACAACUGUUUCUGGCCUUCCCCAACCCAAUAUAAAGGAUAAGGGGAAAACGUCCUCUCUGGCCUGCCUCCACAAUGUGAACUUACUGCCUUUUCACCUAAAUAUAACUGGAGAUACUUUGUCUGCCAGAACCUCUUUGGGAUGGUUGAGCAAUUGGGUAAAAUUUGGAGUUAGGUAGGUCAUUGGUAUUUGCCGGUGCCAGUGAGUAAACACCUUGAGAGAAAGGAAGCAGUUACAGUUUAUAAAAUGCUUGGCCUGUAACUAGUAAUUACCUCAUUUCUGGGGCCGGGUCUUUAAUGGAUGUGUACACACUAGUUUGUGACUAAGUUGGAGGCUGUCAAGCUGGCUUCACACAAGUCAGUUGGUUUACACUUAACUUUGUGAGGUCUAGCAUAAGCCAGUGACCUCUAGUCCAGGCAGGCUAUGGUGAGGUGCCUCCUCCUCAUAAUGUACUUUAAAAUAGUAAAAGUUAUUUGUCA